ACACCAUCGGCAUCAGCAUUAUCAUCAGCACCAGCAUUAUCAUCAUCGUCAUCACCUACCAUUUCCUUUUUCCAUGGGAACUCCGAUCCUACAUGAGAGAAGCUCGUGCCACAGCAACCGCUGGAUCACCAACCCAGACUGCACGACAUCGAGCCACGUUUUCGUCAAAGUCGGCAAUGUCCCACUUCUUCUUCCAGUGCCAGGAUGGAGGAUAAGUGCGUUACGCUAAACAGCAAGCCUGGUGCCUCCCUUCAUGUUUCGUUUUCCCAUCCCAAACCGCGGCAGAGCCCGCUGUCCAACACGCUAGUAGUGUUCCUGAACGGCCUCAUGAUGCCUUCGGCAGCCUGGGUUGAGUCAGUUAACCACCUGCUCAACCUCCGGAAGGACUCGGGCCAACCAACCCCUGCUCUGCUCCUGUAUGAUCGUUACGGCCAAGGCAAAUCUGACUCAGACCCGUCCGACGCCUGGGACUCACCAUACGGGCACGAUGCCCGCACAGUCAUCAGCGACCUUCACCAGCUCCUCACCCAAGUAUCUCACGAAGAGCUCGGCCGCCGACUGGAAGACCUCCGCCUGGUCCUCGUAUGUAAUUCCAUCGGGUGUGCCCUUGCCCGCCUCUACGCAGCCGAACACCCCGGCCGGGUCGCGGCGUAUCUUUUCCUGGAUUCGAUGAUGGCCAACACGGACUUCGGCUCCAUCUUCCCUGACCCAGACGACCCGGGAUUUGACGAGGGUCGGCUCCCCGAGGACAUCACGACCGACGACCUGCGGCACGCACGGGCAAAGUUCCAGGAACUCUUCCACCCAACAGUGCCAAACCCAGAGCGCCUGGACAGAAGGAACCUGCGAGAACUGCUGCCACACGCGGACCGGCCUGGUUUGCCAAACGUUACGAAGGAUAAACCUCCGUUGCUGACUGUAGUGGGACACGAUUGGGACGAGUUUGCCGCCCAGUGCGAGCAAGGUUCGCUAUCAGUUCCAAGGGCCGUGAUCAACACGUACUUGAACCCUGCAUGGGCUGUGUACAAUGAGGGCUUGACCCGCCUGGUCCCGGCAGAGACCAAGGUGAAGAUCGCCAGGGGGUGCGGCCACUUCAUCCAGAAAGACGACCCGGCCUUCGUGGCGGCCGAGUUGAGCGGCAUCUUGAAUGAGCUAUAGACCAUCACUAGCAUUCUCGUAGUCGCAGCCUUGGCGCCCGCCGCAUUUCUCCGAAGGGACCUCCGGGAUGGGGGGGAAAAAAGGGGGGGGGGUUGGUU